AUGGCCUCUUCAGGAACCAGAUCAGCUUCAGGUUUCAGCUUCUCAGAGCAUUGGCUCAUAAUGGCAGCCACUGCUCUCAUUUGUGGAUUUGUGGGUUACAUAGUGUAUGACGCCAUCAUGGCCACUGCAUCUGAGUUACUGCAACGUUUGCUGGUAAUAUCUCCAUUGCUCUUAAUCAUCAUUGUUCACUGGCUUUCCACUGGUACCCAGUUAAGCUUUCCCAUGCCAGGAUCUGAGCCUGGUGCUAUCCACAGAGCUGGUGGUUCUCCUUGGGGUGUUGCCUUUGUUCUUCUCCUCCUUUUCUUUCUCAUUUCCUACCAACCUUCCCUUCAUCAUCUUGUUUCCUAG